AUGGCUAACCAAACGCCCGCCGUUGUCAUGGACAACGGCACCGGCUUUUCUAAGCUCGGUUUCGCUGGCAAUGACUCUCCCUCCUUCGUCUUCCCGACCGCCAUCGCAACAAAAGGCGCAGGCAGCGGUGCCGGCGCGGCCCGCCCUUCUGUCGCGAACAAGCCGAGCUAUCUGACCGGUGGUGCCGGCGCGGGUGGCCACCUAGGCAUGAAGCGUGGCACUGAGGAUCUCGACUAUUUUAUCGGCGAUGCGGCCAUUGCUGCGUCGUCGGGACCCGGGUAUGGCCUGCAUUAUCCGAUUAGGCACGGGCAGAUAGAGAACUGGGACCACAUGGAGAGAUUCUGGUCGAAUUCGAUCUUCAAGUACCUCCGUGUUGAGCCAGAAGACCACUUUUUCCUCCUCACCGAACCGCCUCUGAACCCUCCAGAGAACCGCGAGAACACGGCUGAGAUCUUCUUCGAGUCCUUCAACUGCGCCGGCAUGUAUAUCGCCGUCCAAGCCGUCCUUGCCCUAGCUGCUUCAUGGACAUCCUCCAAGGUACAGGAUCGAUCGUUGACCGGCACCGUCAUCGACUCGGGCGACGGUGUUACCCACGUCAUUCCCGUGGCCGAGGGCUACGUGAUCGGUUCCUCCAUCAAGUCGAUCCCCAUUGCCGGCCGCGACAUCACCUACUUUGUCCAAUCCCUGCUCCGUGACCGAGGCGAACCGGAUUCGUCCCUGAAGACGGCACAGGAGAUCAAAGAAGAGUACUGCUACGUUUGCCCGGACAUCGUGAAGGAAUUCUCCCGCUACGACCGCGAUCCCACCCGCUUCAUCCAGCACCCCGUUCUGCAGCCCGGCGGGCGCAAGGCGACGGUCGACGUGGGGUACGAACGUUUCCUCGCGCCCGAGAUCUUCUUCAACCCCGAGAUUUACAGCUCCGAUUUCCUGACCCCGCUCCCCGAGGUCGUGGACGGCGUGAUCCAAUCGUCGCCCAUCGACGUGCGCAGGGGCCUGUACAAGAACAUCGUGCUCUCCGGCGGCAGCACGCUCUACAAGGACUUCGGCAGGCGGUUACAACGCGACAUCAAGCAGCUCGUCGACGCGCGCAUCCGGGCCAGCGAGGUGCGCAGCGGCGGUGCCCGGAGCGGUGGUCUCGAGGUACAGGUCAUCACGCACAAGAGGCAACGACACGGCCCGUGGUUUGGCGGCAGCUUGCUGGGGCAGACGCCCGAGUUCCGGUCGUACUGCCACACAAAGGCAGAGUACCAAGAAUACGGCCCUAGCAUCGUUCGGAGGUUUGCACUACUGGGUGGACCCGGGGGUUCAUAA